GAAAAGCGCAAUUUAAACUAAAAUAAAGUAAUUCAAACAAAUUAAAAUUUAGAAAACCCUGAAACCCUAACCAGAGCAACUAUAAUCAAAUCACCAAUCGUUGUUGAUGGCGUGCAACGGCGUCGGUGGCUGCCAAUCCGGUUGCUACAAAGACGAAGAACAGACACACGACCAACCAACUGAAUCUUCAGAAACCGAAUCAAAGACCUCUACCAAUAUCUGCAUCAAGUGCAAGCUAAACGACGUCAUUUCCGGCUACGGCGGAAUCGACGAUGGCCGUUUCUGUGCAGAUUGCUUCAGGAGCAACUUGUUUGGGAAGUUUCGACUCGCUGUUACGUCGAACGCAAUGAUCUCUCCCACCGAUAAGGUCCUGGUUGCCUUCUCUGGUGGCCCUUCUUCCAGGGUAGCUUUGCAGUUUGUGCAUGAUUUGCAAGAGAGGGCUCAUAAGAACUUUGAAGCUAGUAGAGAUAGGUCACUGCCUGUGUUUGGUGUUGGAGUGGUUUUUAUUGAUGAGAGUGCUGUUUUACCGAUUCCAGCUCAUGAAAUGGAAGAGGCGGUUGAAGUUAUUAGUUUGAUUGUGUCGAGUUUAGCCCCACCAAGGAAAGAGUUGCAUUUUGUUCCUAUUGAAACUGUUUAUUCAUCGGAUUCUAGUGAUGGAAAAGAUAGGUUAAUUGAGCUGAUGAAUGUAGUGAGUGAUACCACUGGUAGGGAGGAUAUGUUGCUUUCUCUGCGCAUGUUGGCCUUGCAAAAGGUGGCUUCUGAAUUUGGGUAUAACAGGAUUCUUCUGGGCUCGUGCAUUUCAAGGAUUGCUGCUCAUGUCCUUUCAGCCACCGUGAAGGGUCAAGGAUAUUCAUUACCUGCUGAUAUACAGUAUGUUGACGCUAGGUGGGAAAUUCCAGCUGUGCUUCCUCUGCGUGAUUGUUUUGCCCAAGAGAUCAACAUGUUUUGCAAUCUUGACAGUCUAAAGACCAUUAAACUGUCUACAAGUCCGAGUUCUAGCAUCAAUAGCUUGGUCUCAUCUUUUGUGGCUCUACUGCAGGAAGAGAAUCCGUCUCGAGAGAGCACAAUUGUAAGAACAGCUGGGAAACUUAUUCCUUUUCAAUUCAACAGGAUUCCCGAGAUCGUUGAUGGUAAUGUUCCAUUGGCAACUCGAAGACGCCAAAAGAGAUAUAAUCUCAAAACCAAUGAAUCUGUUUCCUCAGAAUCUUUCUGUCCUCUCUGCAAUAGCCCACUUGCCAAAAGUGAGAUUGUUGAUUGGAGCAAUCACAAUAACUGCAAAAGUAGUGACACUUUUUAUACUUCGUGCUGCUCAAGUUGUCAGUUUCAGAUACUUCCACCAGAUACCACAUCAAUGGAGAAAUUUUAUACGGAUUUACCUCAUUCAAUGGUUGCACGGGCAAACCGAGUCAACAAUGGCAAUUUGAAUGCGUUAAGGGAACAAAUACAAGAUUGCUUGCUUUCAGAUGGUGAAAAUGAAACUUAAGUAUACUGGCCGUACACUGAGAUUCUCAGUUAAAGGGGCGAAUCCUGGUUGUGGUAAAUUUACGGUUUGACUGACUUAUGAGAAGGCGUUACUUUUGGCCUCAUGCAAUAUCGAGUUAUGGAGUUAACCACUUAGAUAUGGUGGUGUUGAUUCUCUGGUUUAACAUUUGUGAGAGCAUUUAAAGUAUAAUGUUUUUGUGUUCUGCAUUGGUUGUAUUUUAUGAAAAGUGUUGAACCUAGACAAUGAAGAGAGUAGUUAUUUGCAAUUUAGGAGUAGUAUGAAAUUUUUAUUUUUCCUUGCCGUUGUUUUAUGUCGCAGAUGAAGCAUGUAUUCUAAGAUUGGCAGUUUAUCUGUUUAUGUAGUCCUUAUAAUUGUUUUCAACAGAAGCCAUUGUCAGUUGAAUGCUCAAA